AGUUGCCUAUUUUAUUUUCUCUUAGUCUGUGGUCAUUAAAUUUUCGAUGUGUUGUUUGUUGAGCAAAACAUUAUUUCGCCAGAAUAGUUAUAUAGAAUGGUAAUGUAGUAAAAUGUUAAGACUUGAUGUUCCUGUAUAACUGUUAAAAAGUGCUAUUUCGGUGUUUGAGGAAGGUAAAUCUCGUACUAUGUCUUCCCAGUUGUCAGACGAGAUAGCUGACAUUGCCAUGACAGGCACCGAAGCGGAUUCCUCGCAAACACACUCGCACGAAGCUUCGGCAAGUGUAACAGCAGAUGAUGCAUCGUCAAGCAAUGCGGCAACACCGGCUAGCAGUGAAGGCCAGGCAUCGAGGCAGUCAAACUUGCAGCGCAUACAACAGAGGAAGAACCAGGUCUAUAACUGGCCUCACAACAAGAAACUGCUUAAACUGGCCAUAUACUCUGCUUGUCAAACCCCAGAUUGUGCGUGCAAUGGCUGGAAGACACCAGUAGCGCAGCAGUCUGGCAAAGGAAGCAGGGCUGACAAUCAACCACUUGCCAACUUCACAGACCCGUGCCGCAACUGUAAUCAUAUAUUAGAGAAACAUGUAAUACACCUGCAAGGGUUGUCUGUAACAGAAGUGAACAAACUCUUGGGAGCUGUAGUGGAUGUAGAGAACAUAUUCAUGUCAAUGCACAGGGAGGAUGAUUUGGAUACCAAACGUGUUUAUUACUAUCUGUUUAAACUCCUCCGAAAAUGUAUCCUAACUCAAACACAGCCUAAAAUCGAGGGCCCUCUAGGCCAGCCUCCAUUCGAAAAGCCUUCAAUAGCCAAGGCCAUCACCAACUUUGUCCUUUACAAGUUCAAUACACUGCCUCAGAGAGAAUGGCAGACUAUGUACGACUUAGCAAAAAUGUUUCUACAUUGUUUCAACCAUUGGAACUUUGAAACUCCUAGUGUGAGGAAACUGCAAGUUUCAAAUCCUGAGGACAUUUCAACAUAUCAAAUAAAUUAUACCAGAUGGCUAGUAUUUUGCCACGUGCCAGCGUUCUGCGACUCGCUGCCGCACUACGAGACAUCGAUCGUGUUCGGACGCACCUUGCUCCGCGCCGUGUUCAAGUCCGUGUGUCGACAGCUGAUGGACAAGUGUCGCUCCGAGAGAGACAAGAUGCCACCAGAGAAGAGAGUGUUAGUACUGAACCACUUCCCUCGUUUCCUGAGUCUGUUGGAGGAGGAGAUCUUCAGCAUGAACUCUCCCAUCUGGGACCCGGAGUACAAGCAACAGCCGCCCAACCACCUCCAGUCCAUUAUCGAUAACAAAACGCCCAAUCGGCGCGGCGAGUUCGAGCGAGUCACGGCAACAGGCGAGAGCAAAGACGGCUUCACUACUGUGUCACUUUCUUCAUGCUCCAUAAAACGCGAGGAUCUGAAGCGAUCGUCCGAGGCUCGCAGCGGCGAGCAGGGCUGCAAGCGGCGGCGGUUGGACGACUCCAUGUACGACGGCAGCGAUGACGUCAGCGAGAGGACCGUCGCCGACAUCGUGGCCACCAUCACCGACCCCAACUACAUGUGCGGGCCCGAUGCAUUGUUCCAAAUGCAAGCGCCGCGCGACGAGGCGGCCAAAUUGGAAGAACAACGUAAGAUGAUAGAGUUCCACGUGAUCGGCAACUCCUUGACCGGGCCGGUUAACAAGCAGACCAUGUUGUGGCUGAUAGGUCUCCAUAACGUGUUCUCGCAUCAGCUACCGGAAAUGACUAAGGAAUAUAUUUCGCAGUUGGUUUUCGAUCCCAAACACAAAACUUUGGCUUUGGUUAAAGAAGGCAGGCCUAUUGGCGGGAUUUGCUUUAGGACAUUUCAUUCACAGGGCUUCAGCGAGAUAGUGUUUUGCGCGGUGACGUCAAACGAGCAAGUGAAAGGCUACGGAACCCACCUCAUGAACCACCUCAAGGACUACCACAUACGGAACAACAUCCUCCACUUCCUAACCUUCGCGGACGAGUUCGCUAUCGGGUACUUCAAGAAGCAGGGCUUCAGCAAGGACAUAAAGCUGCCUCGCACGAUGUUCUCGGGCUACAUCAAGGACUACGAGGGCGCCACGCUCAUGCACUGCGAGCUCAACCCGCGCAUCGUGUACACGCACUUCACCGCCGUCAUACGCAGGCAGAAGGAGAUUGUCAAAAAGCUGAUUGAUAUGCGACAAAAAGAAGUUCGGAAAGUCCAUCCCGGAUUAACUUGCUUCAAAGAAGGCGUCCGCAGCAUCCCCAUAGACUGCAUCCCCGGUGUACGGGACGCGGGGUGGCGGGAGGCGCGCGUCGCCCGGGCAGCGCCCGAUCCUGAGCCGGACCCCGCGGCCCUGCGCGCUGUGUUGCACGCGGUGAAAAAUCAUGCAGCUGCAUGGCCGUUUUUGAAGCCUGUAGACAAGGCUGAAGUUCCUGACUAUUACGACCACAUCAAAUAUCCCAUGGACCUACGCACAAUGGGCGAGCGGUUAAAGGCACGCUAUUACUCGUCGCGGCGCUUGUUCGUCGCAGACAUGGCGCGCAUUUUCUCGAACUGUCGCCUCUACAACUCGCCGGACACCGACUACUACAGAUGCGCGAACACGCUAGAGAAAUACUUCCAAACGAAGAUGAAAGACUGCGGCCAGUGGGACAAAUGAUCGGAGUUCAAUUUCGACGACUUUUUCGCACAAGAAAUACGAAUUGCUCGCGCUGCCUUGUGAGUCGUCCUUUGUUUUAAAAAAAAAGCGUAAACCCUGGAUUAUGGCUUUGAAAAACCCCGGAAUUUGAGGUACAGAACACAGAAAACUUAUAACAUGGAAAAUUAAGAGUAAAAGAGACUAUAGAGAAUCUCAGAGGAUUUCUUUGUGUCGAAGUCUCAGACCAAUUAUUGUAUAGGACCUGUCUCGCUAGACGUUACUUUUCUGUCAAAGUAUGUGAUCAACGAUCUACUGCGAUUAUAAAAACUGUCUCUAUAGUAUCGAUCGAUAUUUCAUAGUAAUUGUAAUUGUGUUUGUCGGACAAAGAGUUCCUUAAAAUAUCUUUUUGUGUAGUUGAAUGGUGUAAAAAACGGGCAAAAACUUCUAGUUUAGUAUAAUAUAUAUAUACCAAUUCUAAGCUCGUUCGCUCUUCAGAAAAUAACAGACAAUUUUAUUCGUGAAUUUGGGAGCGAUACUAGUCCUUCUACAAUUGGUCUGAGGUCGGAGUAUAGGCUCAGAAAAGAUGCCUUAAUAAGCCAUGGAUUCACUGUGCGAGUGCUGGAUCCAUUGUGCGGCGUAGAGGAAAACUCCGAGUAGAGUCCGGGACUUGUGACCAAUGAACGUAGGCUUAAGGAAUUCUAAGCUCUUGAGGAAUUUACUAAGCUCAGAAAACUUGCAUCACGAAAAUUGAAAUUAUAGAGACUUCAGAGGAUUACAUUGUGUUGGAGUAUAGGCCCAGAAAAGAUGUCUUAGCAUGCCAUGAACUCACAGUGCGAUUGCUGGAUCUAUUGUGUGGCAGAGGGAAACAGUCCGAGUAGAGCCAUGGACUUGUGACUAACGGUGUAGGAUUAUACUCUACUCUUUUUGAUCGUAACUAAAAACUACAAAAGUAUGUAAUCAUACAAAAAGCUCUGAAGAAUUGAUUGCAUAAAAUAUGCUGCAUAUAAUAUAAUGCAAAAUUAUUUAAGUAUGCCAUGAAUUGUGUAGGUAUAUGGUUGGUAUUAAAUUUAGAAAUUAGAAAAAGUAAAAGUUUGUAUCCUCCAAUCAUGGACCCACAAAAUUAGGAAUAUCAAAAUAUUCUGAGAUAAAGACAAGAAAGCUGUGCUUAGAGUAUUUCUAUGAAAUAAGAAAUUAAGAAGCUACUGAAACGCUUAAUAAUAAAUACUAUUUUUUUUUUAUCUUUUUUAUUAGUUAAAAAUCAUAGUUUUUGAAAAUACAGUUAUUUAAGUAUACUGUAUAAUAUAAAAUUGUGUUUGUUUGAGUAGAUUUUCGAAGAUUUGAUCGAAGGUUUUAUUAGUAAUCUGACGUAGAGGUAACUUUUAGUCGCCUUUAUGUUAAUAAAAUCUAUAUAUUCAACUCAAUAUUCGAUCUCGAACUUUAAAAUUAAUACGCGUUUCAGAAGUGUAUUAAAUUAAUUAAUAUUUAUACAAAAUUAAGUUAAACUUUACAUUUACUAGAAUAAUUAAAUAGUUUGUUUUUAUGUAAUAUCAACAUUUGUAGGUGUGUGUAUAAUUGUUUAUUGAUAUUAUAUACUUUGUUAUUUACAACUAAUGUAAUUAAAACAGUGUAGGAAAGUUAUGUCCGUUCCUGUGUAACCAAAGGGGACAUGAGUUGCUGACAAAUUAAUUUAAUGUCUUAUACAGGGUGCUCGGGAGUAUUUUCCAUAACUUCAAGGUGUUGACGAGUCCACUUAUAGGAGCCGAACUGCAUAACUAAUUUUUUUUUAACUAAAAAAUAAAAACAUUUUAUGUUUUCAUAGAAAGUAAUUCAUAUAAUUCCGAUUAUCCUUUCCACGCCUUUAUCUAUACUUGAAUUUUAAAAUACGUAAAACUUGGGUACGUCAUAAUUAUAAGGAUGCGUAUAACUUAUAAGGGACACAUUUUAAGAACUAUUUACAAAAGAAAUAUUAUUUACCCAGAAUUAAUUUUAGAACACAUACAUGUUCCUUGAACAUUUUUAAAUUAUUUUCGGUAAAGACAUAACCCUUUUUCUGUAAAUAUAACCCCAGAGUUAUGGAAAAUACUCCCCAGCACCCUGUAUAAAAACAAAAUGUCGAAAAGAAAAUUAAUUUCUAGAUAAUGUUGUUUACUCACCUAAUAUAAAAGGAGAAACCCGUUUUCCAUACAAGCACUAGCCUGUUGUAACGAAACUAAAAAUCUAUCAUAAAUUCAAACAUCUAAGAUUUCACUGUUCUGCAAUGGAUAUCCAUCAUCUGAUAUGACAGUGAAGACUUCAUCAAGCCAAUUUUCACGGAAAUGGCUGUAUCAGUCAAAUUACUAGUUUGUUUUUUCUGUCAAAAAAGCGUGAGUCAGCUCCGACGCACGAAUGGAGUUUACUCUUUCAGAUCGACUGUCUAAAUAGGUGUAUACACUGUUUACGUCUCAAUACCUACGCCUGAAAAGUGAAAGGUGCGCAACCGAGGAGCAGCAGGCAGCCGCGUGCGCGUCCUUUGAAAGGUGCGCAGAAUAGGGUGCGCGCAAAAACGUAACGCUGUCAUUCGUUCAUCGAAUUUAACAGCCUAUAUUUUUUUCAUACCAAGGGCUUUAAAUUAAAAAAUCGAUUCUCAAGGAGUAAACUCCAAAAACCCCAAAGUAUGCGAUGGAGCAAGAACUUGGAUUGUAAUUAAUAUAGUUAACUAGCUGACGCCGCGCGGUUUCACCCGCGUGCUUCCCGUUCCCGUAGAAAUACAGGGAUAAUAUAUAGCCUAUAGCCUUCCUCGAUAAAUGGGCUAUCUAACACUGAAAGAAUUUUUCAAAUCGGACCAGUAGUUCCAGAGAUAAGCGCGUUCAAUCAAUCAAACAAACAAACAAACAAACUCUUCAGCUUUAUUAUAUUAGUAUAUAUUAGUCUAAAACUUAAACAGAAAAAUAAUUAUAAAAACUUGAAAAAAAUUAUAAAUACGUCAAACGCGGCUGCGCCAUGAUGGAUUUCGUAUUACGUCAUUAUGUCAGCAAGCAACCACGUUUAUGUUAAAGAUAUACCUAUGUAUGUUACGGCUAGAACCCGAAGUGUUGCUAUAGCUUGGCAACUUCGUUCCUAACACUCACGAUAUUCCGCGCGGGCAGGGGGGCGUGUAGCGAUGAAUGAAAAACCUGAUGAUGCACGUCACUUCCGAUUACGAUUCCGAUACGAUUUCACACCCGCGCAGUAUUUCCCCCCGUCGCCCGCAUAUCAUGGGAGUGUUAUCAACAAACUUGCCAGACUAUACGUCUAUUACUUUUGUUUGUAUAAAACUAUGUAUAGGCUAGUAUCACUCCGACUAGAACUAGGUCCUAUUUUAUGAUCUUUUUUUUUAUUUUUUGUAGUACUUUUUUACUACAUACUUGUGAAAAAUGGUGUACCCUAUUUAAAAUAGCGUAGUACUUUUUGGGCUGUUUCUGUAAGAUAUAUUAACUAUAAAUAAGUGAAUUUUGUUAAAAUAAAAGUCAAAUUUCAAUACUG